AUAGAGUAGUAAACAUCAUGGAGUGGCAUUUCACUUCUUUUGGUAGGAAACUUCGACAUUUCUGUAUCAUAUUCUCGUGCAAAACCUUCAGAGUCCUCAAAUUAUGUUUCAAUUAUUUGGUCUUCAGAGGUAACCCAUUCUGGAUUCAAUUUUUUUAUUUUAUCAUUGUGUCUUUUGCUGGGUAUUUGUCUCUGAAGCUCUCAAAGCCAAAAUCAAGUAACUCAGUGGCUCCAAAAGACUUUGAUGUCUUCUUUACAUCUGUUUCUGCCUCUACUGUUUCAAGCAUGUCCACUCUUGAAAUGGAGAUUUUCUCAAAUACCCAACUAAUCAUCAUCACUGUUUUAAUGUUUGUUGGUGGAGAGGUCUUCACUUCCUUGCUUGGCCUCCAAUUCCUCAAAUUAAACUUCCCUAAACAGACUUCCUCCAACUCUGUUGAUCCAACUGAGUUGGGUUUGGUUAGUUCUGAAGAACCCAGUUCGAAUUUUGAUCCCCAAAGCUUCAAUAAUGAUAUCUUGAUCAAGAAAGGUUCAUUGAGGUGCUUAGGAAAUGUUGUUUUGGGUUACCUUUUAGUGGUUCAAAUAGUUGGGUCUGGUUUAGUUCUUUUGUAUGUAAGUGUCAUAGAUACUGCCAGAGAACUACUGAACAACAGAGGAAUUCAUGCACAAACAUUUUCAGUGUUCACAAUAGUGUCUAGUUUUGGCAACUGUGGGUUUGUCCCAACCAAUGAAAACAUGAUAGUUUUCAAAAGGAAUUCAGGUCUCCUACUUCUACUAAUAGCACAAAUACUUCUAGGCAACACAUUAUACCAUCCCUGCCUAAGAUUUCUGAUAUGGGUUCUGGAAAAAAUUACAAAGAGAACUGAGUAUAGUUACAUAUUAAAGAACACUAAACAGAUGGGUUAUUCACAUCUCUUUCCAACUCUCCAUUCUUCAUUUAUGGUAGUUACAGUGUUUGGGUUUGUUUUGGUACAAUUUGUACUGUUUUGUAUCCUGGAGUGGGACUCGGAAGCCAUGGCUGGUCUAAACGGGUAUCAGAAGUUUGUGGGGGCUCUGUUUCAGACUGUCAAUUCAAGGCAUGCUGGGGAAUAUGUUGUUGAUCUCUCAACCAUUUCUUCAGCAAUCUUGGUGCUCUAUGUGGUCAUGAUGUAUCUCCCUCCAUAUACUUUGUUUUUGCCAACCAAACAACAGACAGAUGAUCCCAGUCAGAGAGGGGGAUUUGUGGAGUGUGUUUUGUUCUCACAGCUCUCCUAUUUGGUCAUCUUUAUUAUUCUCAUUUGUAUUAUGGAAAGAGACAAGAUGAAGAAUGAUCCCCUCAACUUUAAUGUGUUAAACAUCACCUUUGAAGUUAUAAGUGCAUAUGGAAAUGUUGGGUUGUCCACUGGCUAUAGCUGUGAACGGCAGCUUAAACCUGACGGCUCCUGCAAAGAUGCAUGGUAUGGAUUUGCUGGAAGGUGGAGUUACAAGGGAAAAUUAAUCCUUGUAUGUAUCAUGUUCUUUGGAAGGCUGAAGAACUUCAACAUCAAUGGUGGUCAAGCAUGGGUUUUUAUGUAAUUAAUAUGAACCAAUUUUUAUAAUAGUAUACGUUAACAUAAUAUUUUUAGAAAAUAUUAUACUUGGGUAGAAUCACUUCAAGCUGAGAAUCAUGUACAAGACUUGGUUUUGUGAUGUUUGGUGUAAUCUGGUGUCAUCGGGCAAUGUCUGACGAUGUUCGGUUUAGUGUUUGUGUUUUAUUACUUUGUUCUUAUUUUUUAGUCUUUAGGUUGUAUUCCACCUUUAUGGUGA